CCCGAUACCACAUCGACGAUGGCAGAUGAGAAAAUGGACAGCGCAGCCCCUCCGAGCUACGAGUCGCUCUCUGCGGCAGGGACCUCUUCCGAUACAAACGAUGCGAAAGGCGACGUCAAGAAGGAUGACAAGGGCAAUGACAUGCUCACGGAUGCUCGUCAAGCCGCUUCGUCAUCCUCCUCCUCGCAGAUGCUCGCCCCAUCCGGCGCUGCAAAAAUCAUGGACUGGGAGGAAUAUCGCAGGCACGACAAAGGCAUCUGGUCAAAGGGCUCUCGUCGUCGCACCACCGCAGUUUACGGGCUUUAUUGUGAAAGGAAGCAUGUUUAUGCUCAGCCGCACGCUCUGAAAAUCACAGACUACAACGGUGGUGUCUUAUACCACUUUCUCUUUCCUCUUUGCAUGAUACGCCGGAAUCAAGCCUUGUUGAAGAGGCCCGGAUACAUCUACAUGGCGCCCGGUGAUCAGACGAUCUCGAAUCCAAGGGCACAGACAGACAAAGCGGGACAUGCUUGGCAGGAUGGGCCGGAACCGCCGAAAUCAGACAGCUACGUCUGGAGGGCUCCGCUUCACACGUCUGAUAGCCCUCACUUUGAAUGUGCGGACGGAAGAACCUCGAGUAUCUACCUCGACCUCUGCGAAGCCAAGCAACAGAUCCACAAGUACGCUUUGGAAUAUCAUCGCCGCGAUAUGCUGGAGUUCAGCAUUCCCAGCUCCGGGCAGUCCGAAACAACUCGCCGUUUCGUCUGGAGCAGUGGGGGCCUGCCGCGGAAUCACCCUUGGUCAAGGUGGGACGAAAUCAAGUAUUGCAUGUACGAAAAAGGCGACUUGACGCGCAUUUACGCCAAAUUCUGCUGGGCGGAAGGAUUCGCGAUCGACAUUCGUGAACCUCCAGAGGCUCUCGAGCACCCCUUGAUUGUCUUUGCAUUGGGCUAUCUUCUUUUGAUGGAGUACGAUUUCGCGUCACAAUGGUCGGCGGCCGAUUUCGCUCACGGCGGGAGGAAGGACCAUCCCGCACCGCCAUUGUUCAGUGUCGCCAGUCUGCGACAUUGGGCUGGUCAAUGGAUGCCGAUAGAAUGAGAUGUGACAGCAGCUACAAUCGAAGUGUCUUUCAAGCUCAGCGUUUCGCUCUUUUACAUCUCAAUGAUCUUCUUGCAUACGAGGGGCGUACUUGGUGACUGACGAUAGAGGGCACUCUUUUGGGGGCAAGAACUCUCGCAGGCGCUUUCUUUCUCACCUUCGCUCAGUGCUCGCCUGGGUCUCCUUCUCAUGGUGCGAGAGGC